AUGUCGUACGGCAGGAUCCCCAUCAUCACCCUCAACAACGAGACUGCGGUCAUUCGCCGUGACAGCGCCAGCCCGCGCACACCACCCGGCGGCUCAGCACAAGAUCCAUUAAUCCUUCAGGAGGCCGUCGAGGGCCUCAUUCGGAAAGUCCAACAGGUCAAAGGCGAAUGUGAAGACCUGAGGGCGGAGAACUUAGAGCUGCGCGCGAACGUCAAUGCCUUGCGACGAGAUGCAAAUGGCGACGGCAGAAAGGUCAACGACUCAGUGAACGGCACCAGCAACCUCGCCGGCUACGCUUCUUCGGAUUUCUCCUCGAAUUCUUCUGUGGACGCCACUGAUGGUGAGGGUACGUCUGUCCUCUUCUCCAACGUCGCUCAACGUGCUAACGCAACCGCAGCCGACGAGCCCGAUCCAGCCUUCAAGCAGGAGAUGGCAAGGUUCGAAGAACGUGUAGACAAGAAGCUCCACACCAUGCACCAGAUCCUGGUGUUGUUGCGCGGUGGUUCUGACUCCGAAGGCGCCGAGCUCAAGAAGCUCCAGGAGACCGUCGGCGCCACUCGUGCGGAUCUCGAGUUCCUGAAAAAUCGGGUGGAGUAUCUGGAAGGACCGUCGGCAACAUAUGGUGCCAAGGGGAAAGGAGCCGAAGCUGGUGGUGAUGGUGGCGAGGCUGGCGCAGCUGACCCAAACAUGUUGGCUGUCUUGAUGGAUCAGGUGGUGCAGCUUGGUGAGGAUAUGACAAAGCUUCGCAGUGACCUCCGUCAACAAGAGCGCCUCACCAGGGUUGCCAACGAGCGCUCGUUCAGUGACACUGAGAACAACAAUGAUGGAAAGCCGCGCAGCGGUGGCUCGGAGGUGGCUGACGGCUCGGAGGUGGCUGCUCUGAGGCAGGAGUUGAGGACUCUCGGACAGUGGACGCGGAGGAAGGCUCGGCAGCAGCUCAAGAUUGACGAGUGCGGCAUUAAGUACGAGCUCUACGUGAUGUUCCAUCAGAUCGAGCACGACAUCUUCUCACCCGAAGAGAGACGCAAGAGCCCCUUCAUCGGCGACGAGGACGAGCUGUGGCGACUCAAGCUUCGCAUCCUUCGCCGUCUGGCCGACUUUGAGGCGUGCGGUAGAGCUCUGGACGAGGCGAAGAAGGCGGAUGUUGUGUUGUAG